AUGGCCAAUGUGGCCAUAACAGAGACUAAACAUUAUUCAUUAUUAAACAUAUGGAUAGUAUCAUUAAUAUUAAAGAUUCUCAUAUCAAUUGGUUAUCAUUCUACUGAUUUUGAUGUACAUAGAAAUUGGUUAGCUAUAACUAAUAAACUUCCUAUUUCAAAAUGGUAUAUUGAAAAUACUUCACAAUGGACAUUAGAUUACCCUCCAUUCUUUGCAUAUUUUGAGUAUAUCUUAUCAUUAUUUGUUCCUUCAUUUGUUGCCAAUGAUGGGUGUUUAGAUAUUGUUGAAGUUGGAAAUUAUGGAUUACCUACGAUUUAUUUUCAAAGAUUUACUGUCAUACUUAGUGAAAUGAUUUUAUUUAUUGCAUUACAAUGGAUAAUUGAUACUUCAAAAACUCAUGAAUUAAGAAGAAGAAUGUAUGUUGCUACUGCUAGUUUGGCGUUAUCACCUGGUUUAUUAAUUAUUGAUCAUGUUCAUUUUCAAUAUAAUGGAAUGAUGUAUGGUAUUUUAUUAUUUUGUAUAAAUAGUGCAAGAUUGAAAAGAUAUCUAUUAUGUGGAUUUUGGUUUGCUGUUUUAUUAUGUUUUAAACAUAUUUAUUUAUAUUUAGCACCUGCUGUUUUCGUAUUUUUAUUGAGAGGUUAUUGUUUGAAAUUUCAUUGGAAUAAGAAAAAGAGCUUUAUUGUGAAUGUAUUCAAUUAUGUUCAGUGGAUGAAUUUGAUUAAAUUGGGAUCGAUAGUUUUAUUGGUGUUUACUAUUGCAUUUGCACCAUUUUAUAAUGUCCUUCCUGAAUUAUUUGGUAGAUUAUUUCCAUUUAGUCGUGGAUUAACUCAUGCUUAUUGGGCACCUAAUAUGUGGGCAAUUUAUUCAUUUACAGAUAGAGUAUUGAUACAGAUUUAUAAAAGAAUUCCAAUUACUAGAUUCCCAUUACAAAAAUUAUUCAAAUUUAAUGCAUUAUUAUUAAGUGAUUCAAAAUUAUUACAAACUUCAACAAGAGGUAUUGUUGGAGAUAUUGAAUUUUUCAUUUUACCAAAUAUUACACCAAAAUUGACAUUUUUAUUAACUUUAUUUUAUCAAAUAAUGGCAUUAAUUCCAUUAUUUAUUCAACCUACAUUUAGAAGAUUUUUAGGUGCAAUGACAUUAUGUGGAUACGCAUCAUUUUUAUUUGGUUGGCAUGUUCAUGAAAAGGCCAUAUUAUUAGUAAUUUUCCCAAUGACUUUAUUAGUAACAAGAGAUAGAAAAUUAUUAAGUCCUUAUAAUUUAUUAGUUUGUUGUGGUUAUGGUUCAUUAUUCCCAUUAAUUUUUACAAGUAAUGAAUGGCUAUUAAAAAAAGUAUAUACUUUAUUAUGGUAUAUUAUAUUUUAUUUCAAUUUUAAAAAAGUUGCAAGAUUACCAAAGAAAGCUGAAAGUAAUGAUGGUAUAAUAUUAGAUAGAAUGGUUAAUGGUUAUAUUUUGUUAUUUAUUCCAAUCAUAACAAUAACAAGUUUAAUUGAUUUAUUAAAAGGAAAAUAUAUUAUUUUACAAAAUUUUGAAUUUUUAAAUUUAAUGAUUUAUAGUGUUUAUUGUGGAAUUGGUGUAAUUAGUAGUUGGAAUGGAUUCUGUUGGAUUUAUUUUGUUGAUGAUUCAAUAUGGACUGAAUAG